CGGAAGGGAGACCCUCAAAAGAGUAACAUGGGUCGGUUAAUCCGAUCCACGUCGAUCCCGUUUGAAAUAUCGAAGCGCGACCGCUCGCCUCUCCCUCUCCCUGUCGCUCCCCUUUCUUUCUUUCUUUCUUUCUUUCUACGCUCUACGCAUUCCUUUUGGAGACGAAGGAAUCUCUCUUUCCAUCCCUCCACCGUCCCUCUCACGCUAUUCUCCUCCUCCCUCCACUAUAUAUCUAUAUACCUCUCUCUCUCUAUCUCUCUCUCUCUCUCUCUCUAUCUAUGUGCAUACUUAAUUGCGGAAAGCUUUUUGAGAUGCCUCAUCGUUGGGCCGCCGCCCCCGUCGUCUGCACCACCCCACUCCCUUCCUUUCCAACCUCACCUCCCCUUUACAUCCCUUCCUUUUCACAUCCUGUUCCCUCAGAGUCCAUUCUCUUCCCCCCUUCCUCUUGGUGGUGGAAUCGCGGCACCGGUUCCGGCCGCCGCAAUGGCCUCUUCCAACUCCAGCUACCACUCCCGGCCUCGCGUCCAAGGACAUACAGCUCCAUCAUUUAUUGAGAGAAGGUCUCGCUUCAUGAGGUGGCUCCGCAAGCUUUUCAAAGGAACAGAUGCUGGAGUGUCAAGUGGAGACCAUUCAAGUGUAACUGGGGGAGAGAACUCAUUGCAUAAACCAGUCAAACCAGUGGAUGACCAAUCGAAGGGUGAAAAUGAAGAUUUGGAUCAUGCGAUUGCCCUUUCUCUUGCAGAGGAUGCCAAGAAACCUAAUGGAUACAAGGGCCAGGGAAAUGAUGAUGAUGAGCUAGCUAAAGCUAUCCAAGAAAGUUUGAGCAUGCCCUCAUCUCAAACAUAUCAACCUGUACAGUUUUUGCCAAGAGGAUAUAGAAUCUGUGGUGUUUGUCACAAUGAAAUAGGUUGUGGACAUUACUUAAGCUGCAUGGGAAUCUUUUGGCACCCACAGUGCUUUCGAUGUUAUGCUUGUGGUCAGCUUAUUCAUGAGGCUGAGUUUUCUUUGUCAGGCAGUAAUCCAUACCACAAGUUGUGUUAUAAGGAGUUGCAUCACCCCAAAUGUGAUGUCUGCCAUGAAUUUAUACCAACAAACAGGGGUGGUUUAAUUGAGUAUAGGGCUCACCCCUUUUGGGGCCAAAAGUAUUGUCCUUCACAUGAACAUGACCGCACACCUCGAUGCUGUAGUUGUGAGAGAAUGGAGUCAAGAAGUACUAGACAUAUCUCUCUAGGAGAAGGCCGUAGCUUGUGCAUGGAAUGUCUUGAUUCUGCCAUCAUGGAUGCUGGUGACUGUCAAGCCCUGUACCACUCAAUUAGAGAUUAUUAUGAAGGACUGUACAUGAGAAUAGAUCAACAAAUUCCAAUGCUAUUGGUUGAAAGGCAGGCUCUUAAUGAAGCCAUAGAAGGAGAGAAAGAUGGUCAUCACCACAAGCCCGAAAUAAGAGGCUUAUGUCUUACUGAGGAACGAACAAUUAGCAGUAUACAUAAAAGGCCAAGAAUUUGGGGAAACAGAAUUCUGGACAUGCGGACUUGCCCACAGAAGUUGACCCGUAAAUGUGAAGUUACUGCAAUUCUCGUUUUGUAUGGCCUUCCCAGGCUAUUAACAGGUUCGAUCCUUGCUCAUGAGCUAAUGCAUGGUUGGUUACGUCUCAAAGGCUACCGUAAUUUAAGCGCCGAGGUGGAGGAAGGCAUCUGUCAGGCUCUUUCCCAUAUGUGGCUUGAAUCUGAGGUGAUGCCAGGGUCAACAACUAUGCCAUCCUCAUCCAAUUAUGCCUCAUCUUCUUCUUCUUCGUUGUCAUCAUCCUGGAUGCCAUUGUCAAAGAAAGCAGGGAAGUCGGAUAUUGAGAAGAAGCUUGGUCAGUUCUUCAUGUACCAAAUUGCUCAUGACACUUCAACAGCCUAUGGUGAAGGUUUCAGAGCUGCCAAUGCAGCUGUUAAUAAAUAUGGGCUUCCGCGAACCCUGGACCAUAUCCGCUUAACACAAAGCUUUCCUACAUGAAAAUGACUUCUCUUGCUGUGAGCAGUUGUUAUUGCAAAGAAGAAACUCCGGCUGCUGCCCAUUCAGGUAAGCACAAGCAAAGCAUAUAUUUUGUCACAUCCAUUGGGGAAAAGGAAUUCAAAGGUAUUCUCUAACAGUAGUCUGUCACCUUCUUUUUCUUAUAUGGUGGUACAUGUGCUUCGUUGGCAACGACUCGGAAGGAUUGCUGCUUGUAUCAGGAGUUAAACAUCUGAAUGCCGAACCACCAAUCUCUAUUGAAAGCUCGAGAACGAUGUGAAUUGUUCUUGCAAAAGUCUGUUGUUUGUAUGCAACGAUGGUGACGUUCUAUCUUUGUGACGGGGCAAAGCUCUUUGGUGUGGAUAUAAAGUUCUCCCAGUAUUUUAGUCUGCGAAAGGUACCAAAAGCAUGUGGCGUGAAAGUUUCAGAUCCCAGUGGCCGGCUGUGCGAGGCUCAGGACACGCGAGGCCAGAUAUGAUCAUAUACUCGACUUUGGGACAUGGCUAGGAGUGCUUUCAAGUGGCAUCACAAGAGUCAGUACUUUAUGUUGCUCAGGUUCGUAAACUCUCUUUUAAGAACAAUAGAUCGCAGAGUGACAUGACAUCUACGUUAUUCUUCUUCAUCUUUCUAGUAGAUAAGCUAAGGAUAUCAACAAAGAGACUAGUGGAUAAGAGUUAGGCAUGAUAAAGAUAAGGUCGAUUCAGAAGAGUCAACUCCUGUAGUCUUGGUGGCCAUGUUCAAGUGGAUAAGUCUCACCUACAGACCUUGGAACUCCUAGGGCAUAUAUCUUCCUUCCCACCAUCACAUGAAGAGGUGCCGUGACAUAUGCAGUUACCUCAUUUUUUAACGUACAUGAUGAAUCUAGCAUUUGGCAGUCUUUAAAUAUGAUCUUAUCAUAAAAAAGAGGCCAUAAUUUUGUAAUUCUGAAUCAUAUUUCUCACAUAUGAGACUACUCUUUUUUUUUUUGUCUCCUUGUUGAGUCGAACAAUCCGGGACGACAUUUGCACCAAGUUCUACAACGUUUCUUUGACCCUUUGAAUGCAUUGCAUCUACCCACAAAUCCACCAUGGGAUUGCAUCAUGCUGAUACAUACAG